UAUUUAGUGGAGUGUAAACAUUGUGGCACUGCACUAAGGUUCGGCAUAAUUUCUGAAGCUGAUACGGUUAAGUAUAACUAAACUUUAAAUUACUUAACGGUAUGGUAAAUGAAACAAGAUUACUAGAUCUACUACAUUUAUAUGGACAUGAAGUGAUUUACAUGGAUGUUAAAUAAUUGAACAAGUAUUGGCCGUUGAAAGAAUAAAGCAAAUGCUUGACCGAGUUGCGUGGGAAAAGGUCGUUACCAAAAAUAAACUUGUUAAAUACAGAUAGUGCAGAUUAAAUUCAGGUUAACAAUAUUCAUUUUGACACAAUACAAUCGCCCUUGUUAUCGGCGAUUUUCUUCUACCCAUGGAGGUGCCUCAAGAUUCUGGAUGGUCAUGGCUUGUUCUUAUUGGAGCCACGUUAAAUAUCAUGCUGACUGUUGGCGUCGUCAAGUCGUCUGGCAUCCUUUUCGUUGCCUUCCAAGAACGCUUCCAGUCUACGUCAGCGACGACGUCACUCUUGUCCACCGUUCAAAACUUCACAUACAGCAUAGUUGCCACGCUCGUGAUGUUGCUGGGUGUAAAAUUGGCCAGCUGCCGGACCCUGGUGGCGAUUGGGGCGCUGGUGAACUCUGCAGCCUUCGUCAUCUCCUCGCUGGUCGGCAAUAUUUCCCUGCUAAUGUUCUCCUACGGUAUCCUUAAUGGAGUCGGCAAUUCAUUCUCCAUCGCCACAUCGCUGACGAUGGUCAGCCUGUAUUUCAAUAAACGUCGUGGGCUGGCCAACAGCCUGGCGAUCUGCGGGGGUUCGGUCGGCGGUCUGGUGUUCGCGCCUCUCCAGACCGCAAUGUUAGAACACCUCGGCUACAACGGUUGUCUACUAAUCAUGGCGGCGCUCCUUUUGAAUGGAUGCGUGAGCGCCGCGCUCUUCCGGCCGACGACAUUCUAUACGAGUCGAUCUCGCCGCGGCGGCGUCAGCGGUGGUGAUAGUAAAGAGGCGCGCGUGUUGAUAGCGUCCGAUGAGAGCCAUACUGGGGAUAAUGCAAUGGCAGCACUUGAAAAUGUAAAGAAUGAGACGAGGGGAGAUCGGAUCGAGCAUUUAGGCCUACAGCCAAAAAGAACAACGGGGCCGAGCAUAUGCAGGACUGCGGAUCAACAGUCGGAAAUCCAUCAAAACUUUAGUGAGAACACGGUAGUAGGGAUGAAUGGCCAAUCUUCACUUAUUCAAGAGUACUUCUAUCGAGAAAGAAGCUAUAGCGAUUCUGGAAAGGAGAACUUCCGCAAACAACACGAUGACAUAGGUCCGAGAAAUAUUGACGUGGUUUCGUCAAAUGACACUCACACUAACAAGAGCAGCUCUCGUAGCUUUGAUCUAGGUACAAGCAACAAUAUGAUACAUAGUUUGAACAAUCUUGUCACUAGUUUUAAUUCAUCGUCGGCGUCCAUUUUUGCAAACGCAGACUAUAUAUCCGGUUCGGCACUAAAUAUUUCAAACGGCCCGUUACAUAUUCAGUCAAUUCACGAGCUGAACGUUUCCCCUGAAAAUAAGUCUCCUAAUGCAUCUCGUUGCUUAGCCUUUUUAAAGACAUUAACAAUAAUGUUCGACGUAAAAACCAUCAAAAUGCCCAUAUGCAUUGCUUUUCAACUAUCCGCAAUGCUGCAAUGUCCGUCUUCAAUGCUCAGUUCUAUCUACAUAGCCCCGUACGCCAAAGAAAACGGACUGGACACACGCGACGUGGCCCUUUUGGUUACUGUCUUCAAUUCAGUAGACCUCGUAGCGCGAAUAGCCACCGCGUUCAUCUCGGACAGCAAGUUCGCGCGGCGGUCUACCAUGGUUGCGGUGGCAGCUAUGGUUAUUGCCCUGGCGUCGCAUAUUUUGCGUUGGUUUAGUUCGUUCAGCGCUUUGAUGGCGUUUGCGGUGUUACUGGGACUAGUCAACGGCGUGUACUUCUCGCUCUACGCUGUGAUCAUCGUGGACUAUAUGUCUAUAGAGCGACUCAAGAGUGUCCUCGGCAUCAAUGCGCUAGUACAUGGAUCAUCCGUAGCACUCACGUUUUAUUUAGUUGGUCUGCUGCGUGACUUCACCGGUUCCUACGUGUAUUCCUAUCACUUGCUGGGAACCAUGUCGCUGCUAGGUGGAGUUAUCAUGUACUGUCUACAGUUCAUAGGUGAGAACCAGGGUGCCAUGGAUACGGAAACCGUAGCGAAAAAGCCAUCUUGACAGAUAAUUAACUUUUACAGUGUAUUACAUGUACAAGGAACUAUGCCGUUAGUUUUGUGUAUUUUUUUAGAUGUAAUCUUUAUUUGUUUAUCCAUUUUGGAAACUAUUUUUAUUACGUAAGAAGAUGAUGAAGCACGCCAAAUGGCAUUGUACACCAUCUGUUAAUAACGGAGUUAUGGCCCUUUGUAUCUUGAAAAAUGCUUAUUUUAGUGUCAAAUAUAACACUUUUGUGUCUAGAAGCAUAUUGGCGGGGGAUAUCAAUUCAACGAAUUUGCGUGUUACUUCUGUUUAUAUGGAAUCAUAUUUUCGUAUUUUGUAGAUUUCUGUCAUGGUAUGGACUGAUUUAGUUUCAUUGUUUAUGAUUCUACGUGUUUAAAUGUUCUGUAAUGUAUUGCACGUUGAGGCCAGGUUUUAUUACAUUGAAGUCUCAGUUCGGAAUUGAAUAUUAGUUUAUGUGUCAAAUUCUAUACUUGCUGUAGACUCUAUUUUGAAUUAUGUUGAAUUGAAUUAUGUAUGGAACGGCGAUAUUUUAUAUUGAUCUAGUUGAGUGAUAAAUGUCCAUUUGUGAAUUCGUAAUGUUUUUUUCGUGCUGGCAUUGUGAUGAUUAUUUACCCGCAAUUAUAGACACAUUUUUGUAUAUGCUAAGAGUGUUUUUAUAUAUUCGAA